AUGAUCAGUGAUGAAACAGCCGUUCGGGCUGUAGGAAAGUUAUAUGGCAUUAGCCAUCCAUGUAUGGUAGAUCGGUGGAAACGGCAGACUGGAGACACCUUCGCGCUGUUGAUGAGCAAUAGACUACCCUUAGAUCCAACCUUAAUACCAAGUAUGUUGGUGGUGGAAGGUGUCCCUGGGGGCAAGAUUAAAUUGGUAUGGCCGGUUAGUAUGGAAGAAGUCACUUCUGAAGAAGAUAGGGGUAAUGGAGCCUCAGCCACGAGGGAGUGCUCCCACCCGACUAUAGCCACUUCGGCACCCAUCGAAAGCACUGUGGAAUCCAGUGGAACCGGGGUUGAAACGAUGAUAGAUAAGAUGGUCAGCCAACUAGAGAGAUGGCACUAUGAGGGUGGCUAUCGUAGAUUAAGGAUAUUUUCAGGGAUUUCACCGGUUCCAGACGGAGAAGAAACCUAUGAUACCUGGCGAGAAGCGGCUAUUCAACACUCGGAAGAGUGGCAAUGCCCGGAACACAUCAAGAAGCAGCGCAUAGUAGAAAGUCUUCGGGGACCUGCUAUGCGGGUGAUCCAGGCCACUCGACGCAGUAAAUCGACGGCUACCCUUCAAGAUUACAUCGAAGCCUUAGAUUUCUCCUACGGUACCCUGGAAGAUGUAGGCGAUUUGUUAGCCAGACUACAUCGAACAUAUCAGGAGCCUGGAGAAACCCUGACGCAGUAUAUUUACAGAGUUGAUAGGUUGAUAUACCAAAUUGUUGAAAAAGGAGGUAUAGCGAAGGAUACCGUGGAUGAGAGUCGAAUGAAACAAGUACUGAAAGGAGCUUUGACCAACAACCCCGUGGCCCAACGUCUUAGGUGUACACGUACUUCUGGGACCACCCCUACGUUGACUGAAUUAGUAAAAGAAGUUAAGCUAGAGGAGGUGCAGAUAGAGACCAGAGAAAAAACUAUUAAGCGGAUUAUAGCUAUAAUACCUACUCCGACACCUACAGUUAUAGAUGACAGAUUGUUCAAAUUGUUAGAGGAACAAAAUAAAAAAAUAGAUCAAUUGAUCGCUCUUCAAAGCCAAGCUACAUCUAGGUCCUCCUGGCCAUCAGAGUCGGGUAGAGGAAGGAGUCGUGGAAGUGGCAGUAGAGGUCACAUAAUAUGUUAUAGCUGUGGACAGCCAGGACACCGAUCUUUUGAAUGUCCAGUGACGGCCAUGAAUAGGAGAGGAAUAUCCCAGACCUUUGGUCAGGCACGAAAUGAUCAGUUGGAAAACUCCAACGGGAGUACUGUGAACCCCUCACAGGCUCCCCAAUAA